CUGGAGUCUUCCUCGUGGGGACGUCAUCCGAAAGGGCCCUACUGGAGUCUUCCUCGUGGGGUGGGAGAAGGGGGGAGAGAAGGAGGGACAGAGAGAGCACAAGUUUGCUCUCUAGCGAAGAGACAGAAAGGCAGGAGAUGGCAGCGCUUAUCCCCGAGGAGCGGCUGCAAGCCGACCGACUGUGUCCAGAGGCGGAACGGGGUGAGCAACUUCAGCUGGGAAACGAGGAAGGGGCUAUCGCCUUAGUGGAACCUGGAUCUGGGAAGCUGCAAGUAACUGCUUUGGGUAAGAAGCGGAAGGAGGCACCACCUAUCCCCAAAGGAAAGCCUAAAUCUGGGCGAGUAUGGAAAGACCCCGGCAAAAAGCGGUUUUCCCACAUGAUCCAGGACAAGCCUUUACAUACUUCCUGGCAACAUAAAAUGAAAAUACGUCAGGAAAAGAAGCUAAUCAAAGAUUUUGCCCAGGAGUUGAAGGAACAAAAACAAAGAGAGCGUGAGGAGAAAAAACAGCGAAGGAGGGAUAACUUAAAAAGAAGACUAGAAAAUGAGAGGAAAGCAGAGGUUGUGCAAGUGAUUCGAAAUCCCUUAAAACUGAAGCGUGCAAAGAAGAAACAUUUGCGGCGUAUUGAGAAGCGAGACACGCUGGCCUUGCUGCAGAACACCCAGGCACAACCUAAAGCAGCCAAGCAAUAAGAGAGCGGAAGUCUCUUUUGUAGCACAUUGAAAGACUUCUUGAAAUGCACAGGUUGAGACACAGAAUCCAGUGUACAAAGAGAGGUUGCUGUUUUGGCUUCUCCUGCAAUCAGCAAGAGGACCUUCCCCUACCCUUCCUGCAAAAUAUGUUAUUGUAUCCGAAUAAUUUCUUUUCUCAUAGAUUCGGUACUAAAAGAACAAAUGUGGGGAGAACAGCUGGGAUAUUAUUACAAAAUCUACAGCUUCCGGAUGAUUUGUAAUUUCCAGAACUUAUCUUUCCUCUUUAACCAUGAGAAGGAAAAUAAUAUUUAAAAAAAACUUACUUUGAGGAAAAAUAUAUGGUCCCUCAAAUCGCUUCAUGGGUUAUGUUGAUUGUGGAGGACUUGGUAAAAUCUGGGUAGCUUGGGUUGGUUUUUUUAGUGGAGUUGUCUAUGGGAUUUUUUUUAAAAAAAAAACUCAGUGUCUUCUCUGACUUUCAUAAUAUAACAGAAUUCUGAUCUUUACUAGACAAAGGACGGCAUAUAUUUUAAGCAUAUAUUAAACAAAGGAUAUUAGAUUGCUGUUUCUUGCUCUACGCAGUAUGGCAAAAUAAAAUGUGUUUACUCUUGUGUA